GCUAACCGCUUCUAAUCUCAAAUCACUCUUCAUCUCGUUUCCAGUUUCUGGUUUCGGGGUCUAAAGGUUGUUUACAUUAUUGAGUUUUAAAUAGUCAUGGGUGUUAAUGGUGUCGAGUCUGAGUUGGCCCAUGUUUCUGUUGAAAAUGGGAAGAUAGAGAGCAGUCUUAAUGGAGGCAUGGGGAUAAACGAACCCAUAUCUUUUGGUGCUCAUGGGAACGGGGCAGUUCUAGUAGAAAAAAGUAAAACUCCUGAGAUCAACUUUCCUAAGGAUGCAGUUGAUGAGUGGCCUGAAGAAAAGAAGUUCCAUUAUGUUUAUUUUGUGAAGUACCGAUCAGUUGAAGAUCAGAACCUGAAAUCUAAAUUGGAUCAGGCUGAUAAAGAGCUUACAAAGCUCAACCAGGCUCGUAAUCCAAUUACUGAGAAGCUCAGGGCACAGAGGACUGAACGAGCACAAGUAAUAAGUCAACUGAAGGCUCUAGGUGAAGAGAGAAAACAUUUCAGGACGAUCAUGGAUGAUAAGAGAAAAGAAAUCGAACCUCUGCAGCAGGCAUUGGGAAAAUUGCGUGCCCCAAGCAAUGGAAACAGAGAUAAUAAAACUUUCAUAUGCUCAUCUGAGGAAGAGCUCAAUGAUGUUAUCAAGAGUUUGCAAUACCGCAUUCAACAUGAAAGUAUUAACCUAACCGAGGAAAAGAAAAUUAUUAGAGAAAUCAAACAACUUGAAGGUACAAGGGAUAAAGUCAUUGCAAAUGCUGCAAUUAGAGCUGAAAUUCAGAAAUCUGUGGGUGAAAAAGAUUCGAUCCAAGAUCAGGUGAAGCUUAUAGGCGUUGGUCUUGAUGGGGUCCGCAAAGAUCAAGAGGCUAUUAAGGCAAAGGUUAAAACACUCGAGGCUGAAAAGGAGGCUAUAGAUAACGUUAUUAAUUCGUUAGAGGAAGAACUGCGGUUGGUGACAGGAAAAAGGGAUAAAGUUUAUGAAAAAAUUCGUGAGUUGAGAAAUAAGCGUGAAGAGGGGAAUAGUUGUUUUUACCAAAACCGGUCGCUAUUGAAUGAGGCAAGAAACCUGGCUGCAAAUAAGGAUGUUUCUGCCCUUAAAGAGCUUUCUUUUGUAGAGGUUGGCAAGUUCAUUUCUCAAUGGAAUACUAGCAAAUCCUUCAGGGAAGAUUAUGAGAGAAGAAUUUUGCAGUCACUUGACAUUCGACAGCUAAGUAAAGAUGGGCGGAUGAAGAACCCUGAGGAGAAGCCGUUGGUUUCACAGGCGGUUCCAGUGGAAACGGAGGUCAUGAUGAAACUAAAGGAAGAACCCAUUGCACCCUUACAACAAGGUGUUGAGAAUGGGAAAAACCGUAAAAACCAGAAAGAAACAGAUGGUAAAAUAAAGGGUUUAAAGGACGCAGAAGAAGAGGAGGUUUUUGGGUUGGAGAAAAAGCCCAUGAAAACGAAAGAAGUUGAUGUGGCAAAGCUCAAGGAGAUAAUACGGGAGGAGGAAAUGGCAAAAGCGAAACAGGCUUUGGAAAGGAAGAAGAAGCUGGAGGAGAAAGCUGCAGCAAAAGCCAAAAUAAAAGCUGAGAAGGAAGCCGAGAAGAAGCUCAAGCAGGAGCGUGAGAAGAAAGCAAAGAAGAAAAUGCAAGCUUCAGCACCUGCUCCCGAGCCUCUGGAAGCGACAAUGGAGGUUGCAGCACCUGCAGAAGCUCCAGAGCCAGUAAAGGCUGAAGAAAACGUUAAGAUUGAACCAAAGGUUAAUGCAACCAGAAGGAGAGUUAGAGCUAAAGGACCAGAAUCUAUUUCAAAGGUGAUAUUUAAGCGUAAGAAGUCGACUAACUACAUUUAUUAUUAUUAUGCUGCUGCUGUUGCUACUGCCAUUGUUGCACUUCUAGCAGCAAUUGGGUAUCAUAUUUAUGCCUGAGAAGCUGAAGCUUUGGCUUCUGAUUUUGAUGAUUAGGGGACCCAAAAGUCAUCUAACAGAAGUGAUUUCUAUUGUGUUUUCUGUUGGCUUUUUUUCCCUCCCAAACUCGAGAGAUAUGGUGUUAGAACAGGUAGUUUGGAUACAGGGUUGGACCCUUUUCUUGAUGUAGUUUUGAAGUUUUGUUUUGUUGAGAAACAUAAUCUGAUGCAUUUUUC